AUGGGUUCGUCAUUACGACUCACGCUCCUCAUCUUGAGCGCCCUCGUGUCUGCCACACCCUACCCCAAGGAUGCCCUCCACGAUGCGGGCUACUCGUACCUCCAGCUGCGGGACUGCGACUCGUACUGCGGAGCGGACAACCAGCUCUGCUGCUCUGGCGGGUCGGUGUGCACGACGCUGUCAGGCGACAUCGCGACGUGCGUGGGCAGCGGCGGCCGCGCCAUAACUACCACCUGGACCGAGACCAGGACGUACACGAGCACCAUGAUGACGGACUGGGACCCUGCACCCGAGCCCACGGCCGGCGUCGACUGCGUGCCCAAGAACACGCUCCAGGAGGCCUGCGGGUCCAUCUGCUGCGCCGGGUGGCAGACGUGCGCUUACCAGGGCCAGUGCUCGGCCAAGCCGGGCUACGAGGCCCCCUCGACCGUCGUGGUCACGUCUGACGGCAAGACGACGACCCGGUACUCGGCGCCCUACCGCGUCACGGGCACCACCACCGUCGUCACCAGCGGCGUGCCCGACGAGGCCCCCGGAACUGCCACGGCCACCGACACGGCCACGUCCACCGGCGGCGAUGCCGGCCAGGCCACGUCCACCGGCGACGCGUUUGGCGUGAACGGCGGGGGCGCCUCCAACAGCGGCCUCAGCGGCGGCGAGAUCGCAGGCAUCGUCAUCGGCUCCCUCGCCGGCGCGGCCCUCAUCCUGCUCAUCAUGUUCUGCUGCAUCGCCCGCGGCCUCUGGGGCGUCAUCUUCGGCGGCGGCAAGAAGAAGCAGAGCAACGACAGCCAGAGCUACUUCUCCUCCGGCUACUCCAGCCGCAGGCAGCACUCGGGCUGGUUCGGCGGCCUCUUCGGCAGGGGCGGCGGCGACAGCGGCAGGACGAGCGAGAAGAGGCACUCUGGCGGCGGCAAGUGGCUCGGCCUCGCCGGUCUCGCCGCCGCCCUCUUUGCCCUGCUCAAGCUCAGGAAGGAUAAGAAGCCGGCCAGGAGGGGCCCCUCUCGCUCCUCGCGCUCCCGUUCCCGCUACACCGAUUCGUCCUACUACUCUUACUCGGAUGCUUCGAGUCCUCUGAGCUCCAGUUCCGGCAGGAGAACUUACCAGAGCCGUCGUACUCGCGACAGUCGCAUCCCCCCCAGCUCAUACAAGUCGAGAUCUACCCGCUCGUAG